CCCGUUCUUCUUGGGAUCGGUGGUCCGUGUGGAGGCCAGUCCACUCCCGUGUUGAGGCCAGCCAUUGAAGGAACAAUGCAUUACUCAUGCUCCUUUGUGCAUUGGAGUGGAGGAUAAAGAAACUGUUGUAUUCUGGAGAUUUGGGAAAUGAUUGGAGUGAAUCGGAGAAGGAAGCAGGUAGCGUAAAAAUGGAAUGGUUUGUUUUUGGAUGUAUUGAUAGAUCUUGGAUUUAGAGAAUGCCAUGUACGUACAUGGAAGUACAGAGCUGAACCUGAAUGAGCUUCGAGACAUGGCUUCGCGUCAGCAACAGCAGAUAGAGAUGCAGCAACAGAUGCUGGUUGCCAAGCAACAGAGACUUAAGUUCCUCAAACAGCAAGAGGUGAAGCAUCAGCAAGUUGCGAUUGAGAACGAGCGGUUGAGAAGGCUAAGAGACAAAGUUGAACAACAAGAGAUGAAGCUACAGAAGCUGAGGGCAAUGCAAGGUCAGGCAGACACCGCCAAGGUCACCAACACCAAUCUUUCAGCUGAACUUGAGAACCUGCGAUCGAUGUUCAAGGAGAAAGAGCAUGAGCUUGCCAAUGCGGUGGCCAAGGUGGACCAACUUACACAUCAGCUGGAGAACAUCAGGAGAGGAAACACAGGAAGCUCACUGCAGUCUUCAGCAGCCUCUCAGGAACUUGAGAGACUCCGGAGAGAGCUCUUGCAUCGCAAUCAGAAGAAUGAACAACAGAGUAGGUUGGUAGAAAAUCAGAGGAAGGUCCUUGGCCAGAGAAAGGGUGAUGUGAUCCUUAUCGACAAGAGAAUUGAAGAACUGACCGAGCUUCUUCGACAGAAAAGAUCAAUGCAGAACCAGCAGCGACAGUCCCCUGUUCCCGGCGGUCAGAGAUCAGCCCCCUCUAACAAUACCAACAACAAUGCAACAACCAGGAGUUUACCCAAUGGCAAUGUAGGUCAGAUGCGACCAGAUGGACCUCAGGACUAUGACAGGAGCAGCCCUCAGUCGGACAGUAGUGGUCAGUAUCCUGGUCAGAGGCCACCGUUGGCACCUCGUCCAAACCGCCUUUACAAUGGAACCAAUGGCAGUGAUGGUAAUCGACAGAGGCCUGUGGUGCCGGGCAACAAACCAGUUCCUGCUCCAAAGCCAUCCAUUGUUAAUCACCCAGGAGGGUUCAAACCUCGCACAGGAUCAUCAGUGCCGAUCACAGGACCUCAAGGAACUCCUCUGGUUCCUUCACAGACGCACCUAGAUGCUGGGCAGAGGAAGCCUGAGGGAAACGUUGAUGCUAGUGGAAGUGAGACUUCCUCUUUGACAGAGAACUCUAGUCUGGACAGUGUACCGAGCUCUACUAGCUAUUCCCACCUGAGACAGAGUGGAAACCUUGCAUCAAACAACAGGCCAGGUGCAGGAUCUCCUAACCAAGGUGUUGGUAACCGUUGGCCUGGGCCAAACAGGCCAGGUUCUCCAAGUCAAGAUAAUAAAGAUCUCCGGGUGCAAGUCCAGAGAAAUCUUCCACUCUCCCAGAAUGAUCCUCGAGGAAAUUACCUUUUUAACCGUCCUGCUGGCGACAGGUCUCCUAUGUAUAGUCCAAGUGGUCAACCCUCUUCUUCAUCAUGGGACACCACUGACCUUGAUUCUACACAGCUGCCACCUCCGGCUCAGCAAGGUGUCAUGAGGCACCCUCCAUCUCCAACGGGAAAGAAAGGCCCACCUCCACCUCCAAGAAAUGAAAAUACCAGGUUAACAAACUAUGGUAAUGUUACCCCAUCCUCUAGUGCUCCAAGUUCCCCUUUCCAAGGUCCAAGCAAGUCAUUUUAUGGCCAGGCUAACUCGUCUCAUGGUCCAGAUUCCACUAUUCCUCCCACUACUGAAAGCACGGAUUCCACCCGGCCUCAUCACCAACGAUCUCCGGCCACCGUUGGCAUGUAUGCCCCUCCACCCAAUGCCCAUGAACGCAACUACAACAGGCCAAGCUUUGAGCAAGGUUACCACAACCCACCCUAUUACCCAGGACGAUCAAUGAACUUCCACACCUCUGAUCUCUUCCCAAUCAGCGACAUGCAGGGGUUGCCAGAGGAGUCUGAAGAUGCACCCAUCUCUCCCAACAGACCGGCAAGCCCUGUCAAGUUCCCAACACUCACCUUGCAGCGGUAUAUGGACCCCAAGAGGAUUCACAACAUGCCACGUCCCCUGAAGAAGCGUCUCUCCUACACUGAGAGCAAGGAUGAGAACUUCUCUUUCCUGAAUGCCGAGCUUCGCAACAAGCUUCCUUUCUACCAGCAGGACCCAAGUCAACCCCAAGCCAAGCCUGAAGGAUUCCAUGAUCCAAAUCAGCCACAGCACUUCAAGCAGCAACCACCUGCCCCAGGAGGACCUGGAUCCAUCACCUUGGCUCCCAUAGCUUCAGGUGAAUCUGACAAAUCCUCAGACACAACCCUUCCUGAGGACACCAAGGCUGAACCCAAACCCUCUGGUGAUGCCGACAAGAAAACCGAUAAUCAGAACAGCAAGUACCGAAACGAUGCCAUCAUGAGCCACCAGCAGUAUAGCAAGGCCCUGUCUCAAGUUGGUCGGUCACCGAUCAUCGAACAAACCAAGAAACAAGUGAAGGGCAUCAAAGGUAUCCUGAAGAAUCCGAAGAGCAAGAGCAAGGGUAUCAGGGUUCGCUUUGAUCCCUUAGCACUCCUCCUGGAUGCAUCUCUGGAGGGAGAGUUCAGCCUUGUCAGACAGAUCAUUCCAGAGGUGUCGAACCCCAGUGGUGCCAAUGAUGAAGGUAUCACUGCACUCCACAAUGCUAUCUGUGCUAACCAUUAUGAGAUUGUCAACUUCCUGAUCCAGUAUGGUGUGGAUGUCAAUUCUCCUGACAGCGAUGGAUGGACUCCACUGCAUUGUGCUGCCUCUUGUAAUAACAUCAUCAUGGUGCGUAACCUGGUAGAACAUGGAGCAUGCCUCUAUGCUACCACUAUCAGUGAUAGGGAGACACCGGCCCAGAAGUGUGAGGAGGAGGAAGAGGGAUUCCAAGGGUGCUCAGAUUAUCUCUUUGGAAUGCAAAAUAAGAUGGGCGUCGACCCCAACGUGGCAGUCUGCGCCGUCUACUCCUACUUGGCUGAGAAGGAUGAUGAAGUGAGCUUCCGUGAUGGAGACGAGGUGUUCAUCUUGAGGAAGGGCGAUGAUAAAGAAGAGGAGUGGUGGUGGGCCAGGGUGAAUGACAAGGAAGGCUACAUUCCACGCAACCUCUUAGCGUCUUAUCCUCGAGUGAAGCCUCUCUAUAGAUGAUAGCCUUUUAUUCAAAGGUUUCAGUGGCCAUGGACCAAGUUAGAACAGGACCUAUGCAGAGUAGACCAGGACCUGCUUCACAGAACAUUGCUCAUUCUCAUUUUGUAUUACACAAUCAGAGGAAGGACUGUUGAAAGAUUUUAGACCAGUUUCUUUCCCAACUUUCCCCUCUUUGGCACAAAGGGCAUUUCUGUCUGUUUACUGGUUGUCGACCUGGCUGUAAAAGUGAUGAACACUGUCAUAGAAAUGUAUCAUACAAGUAAAAGAUCAGUGACUUUAUAUAGUAGUUGUAUUUAUUAUUAUGUGUUGGACUUAUUUUUAUUAAGAUUUAUCAUUUCCUGUUUCAUUCUUAUUCAAUGUAUGAAUUUGAAUGAAUGUAUCAUUUAUUAUUAUAUAUUAUUAUAUAUCUGUUAUCAAUAUCUUGCACUCUGCACUGUGAAGAUUUCAAGUGGUACAUCUGUCAGAAUUUUAUAUUAUUAUUUGCUUGGGGUCACUUGUGCCUGGUAGGCAAAUAGCGAACUGAAUCACUAUGACCGCAGGUCUCUCCUCCCGAUAUAAUUGAUUGGGGGAGUGCAGGUGGACCACUGCAC